UUUGGUGUUCGCUCCUUGGAGUCAUUUCAUUUCAACAAAGUCGUUCACCAGGUAACAGCGUCACAGCGGAUAAUUUUUUUUUAUUUUCCCGUGUAAUUCUUCCCAAGUCAGCCGAAUUAGUGUCACCAUUCCCAUUGCCAUAUCGGGAAGAUAACCACGAAUUUCAGCAUGAAAGUGCUUGGCGACAAGAACCGUGCCAAGAAUGUCAUCUCCGAUCGAGGGGGCAGCGUGACCAGCAAGAAGCAUGGGAAGCGCCCCGCGCCGGAUCCAAUGAGCCGUAAUUCCAAUAAUAGUGUGCUGGAGGAAGUGGAUGUGGACAAUUUGCUAGGCCAGCGUCAUCAAGGCAGCACAUUCGGUGCCCAGGACUUCGCUGUCGAUAGCAACGAAGAUGAAAUGAUGAUUCCAGACUGGGACAGCUGUUAUACCAGCGAUGAUGACAGUCCCUGCAUUCCAAGCACAUUGGAGAAUGUCAUCUCCGAUCUAGGGGGCGGCGUGACCACCAAGAAGCCUGAGGAGCGCCCCACGCCGGAUCCAAUGAGCCGUAUUUCCAAUAAUAGUGUGCUGGAGGAAGUGGAUGUGGACAAUUUGCUAGGCCAGCGUCAUCAAGGCAGCACAUUCGGUGCCCAGGACUUCGCUGUCAAUAGCAACGAAGAUGGAAAGAUGAUUCCAGGCUCGGACAGCAUUGAUACCAAGAAUGAUGACAGUCCCUGCAUUCCAAGCAUAUUGGAAGUUGUCAUCUCCGAUCGAGAGGGCGGCGUGACCACCAAGAAGCCUGGGGAGCGCCCCACGCCGGAUCCAAUGAGCCGUAAUUCCAAUAAUGGUGUGCUGGAGGAAGUGGAUGUGGACAAUUUGCUAGGCCAGCGUCAUCAAGGCAGCACAUUCGGUGCCCAGGACUUCGCUGUCAAUAGCAACGAAGAUGGAAAGAUGAUUCCAGGCUCGGACAGCAGUGAUAGCAUGGAUGAUGACAGUCUCAGCAUAAUAAGCAUAUUGGAAGUUGACAUCUCCGAUCGAGAGGACGACGUGACCACCAAGAAGCCUGGGGAGCGCCCCACGCCGGAUCCAAUGAGCCGUAAUUCCAAUAAUGGUGUGCUGGAGGAAGUGGAUGUGGACAAUUUGCUAGGCCAGCGUCAUCAAGGCAGCACAUUCGGUGCCCAGGACUUCGCUGUCAAUAGCAACGAAGAUGGAAAGAUGAUUCCAGGCUCGGACAACAGUGAUAGCAUGGAUGAUGACAGUCUCAGCAUAAUAAGCAUAUUGGAAGUUGACAUCUCCGAUCGAGAGGACGACGUGACCACCAAGAAGCCUGCGGAGCGCCCCACGCCGGAUCCAAUGAGCCGUAUUUCCAAUAAUAGUGUGCUGGAGGAAGUGGAUGUGGACAAUUUGCUAGGCCAGCGUCAUCAAGGCAGCACAUUCGGUGCCCAGGACUUCGCUGUCAAUAGCAACGAAGGUGGAAAGAUGAUUCCAGGCUCGGACAGCAUUGAUACCAAGAAUGAUGACAGUCCCUGCAUUCCAAGCAUAUUGGAAGUUGUCAUCUCCGAUCGAGAGGGCGGCGUGACCACCAAGAAGCCUGGGGAGCGCCCCACGCCUGAUCCAAUGAGCCGUAAUUCCAAUAAUGGUGUGCUGGAGGAAGUGGAUGUGGACAAUUUGCUAGGCCAGCGUCAUCAAGGCAGCACAUUCGGUGCCCAGGACUUCGCUGUCAAUAGCAACGAAGAUGGAAAGAUGAUUCCAGGCUCGGACAGCAGUGAUAGCAUGGAUGAUGACAGUCUCAGCAUAAUAAGCAUAUUGGAAGUUGACAUCUCCGAUCGAGAGGACGACGUGACCACCAAGAAGCCUGGGGAGCGCCCCACGCCGGAUCCAAUGAGCCGUAAUUCCAAUAAUAGUGUGCUGGAGGAAGUUGAUGUGGACAAAUUGCUAGGCCAGCGUCAUCAAGGCAGCACAUUCGGUGCCCAGGACUUCGCUGUCGAUAGCAACGAAGAUGAAAUGAUGAUUCCAGACUGGGACAGCUGUUAUACCAGCGAUGAUGACAGUCCCUGCAUUCCAAGCACAUUGGAGAAUGUCAUCUCCGAUCUAGGGGGCGGCGUGACCACCAAGAAGCCUGGGGAGCGCCCCACGCCGGAUCCAAUGAGCCGUAAUUCCAAUAAUAGUGUGCUGGAGGAAGUUGAUGUGGACAAAUUGCUAGGCCAGCGUCAUCAAGGCAGCACAUUCGGUGCCCAGGACUUCGCUGUCGAUAGCAACGAAGAUGAAAUGAUGAUUCCAGACUGGGACAGCUGUUAUACCAGCGAUGAUGACAGUCCCUGCAUUCCAAGCACAUUGGAGAAUGUCAUCUCCGAUCUAGGGGGCGGCGUGACCACCAAGAAGCCUGGGGAGCGCCCCACGCCGGAUCCAAUGAGCCGUAAUUCGAAUAAUAGCGUGCUGGAAGAAGUGGAUGUGGACAAUUUGCUAGGCCAGCGUCAUCAAGGCAGCACAUUCGGUGCCCAGGACUUCGCUGUCAAUAGCAACGAAGAUGGAAAGAUGAUUCCAGGCUCGGACAGCAUUGAUACCAAGAAUGAUGACAGUCCCUGCAUUCCAAGCAUAUUGGAAGUUGUCAUCUCCGAUCGAGAGGGCGGCGUGACCACCAAGAAGCCUGGGGAGCGCCCCACGCCUGAUCCAAUGAGCCGUAAUUCCAAUAAUGGUGUGCUGGAGGAAGUGGAUGUGGACAAUUUGCUAGGCCAGCGUCAUCAAGGCAGCACAUUCGGUGCCCAGGACUUCGCUGUCGAUAGCAACGAAGAUGAAAUGAUGAUUCCAGACUGGGACAGCUGUUAUACCAGCGAUGAUGACAGUCCCUGCAUUCCAAGCACAUUGGAGAAUGUCAUCUCCGAUCUAGGGGGCGGCGUGACCACCAAGAAGCCUGGGGAGCGCCCCACGCCGGAUCCAAUGAGCCGUAAUUCGAAUAAUAGCGUGCUGGAAGAAGUGGAUGUGGACAAUUUGAUAGGCCAGCGUCAUCAAGGCAGCACAUUCGGUGCCCAGGACUUCGCUGUCAAUAGCAACGAAGAUGGAAAGAUGAUUCCAGGCAAGGACAUCAGUGAUACCAUGGUUGAUGACAGUCUCAGCAUAAUAAGCAUAUUGGAAGUUGUCAUCUCCGAUCGAGAGGGCGACGUGACCACCAAGAAGCCUGGGGAGCGCCCCACGCCGGAUCCAAUGAGCCGUAAUUUCAAUAAUAGUGUGCUGGAGGAAGUGGAUGUGGACAAUUUGCUAGGCCAGCGUCAUCAAGGCAGCACAUUCGGUGCCCAGGACUUCGCUGUCAAUAGCAACGAAGAUGGAAAGAUGAUUCCAGGCUCGGACAGCAUUGAUACCAAGAAUGAUGACAGUCCCUGCAUUCCAAGCAUAUUGGAAGUUGUCAUCUCCGAUCGAGAGGGCGGCGUGACCACCAAGAAGCCUGGGGAGCGCCCCACGCCGGAUCCAAUGAGCCGUAAUUCGAAUAAUAGCGUGCUGGAAGAAGUGGAUGUGGACAAUUUGCUAGGCCAGCGUCAUCAAGGCAGCACAUUCGGUGCCCAGGACUUCGCUGUCGAUAGCAACGAAGAUGAAAUGAUGAUUCCAGACUGGGACAGCUGUUAUACCAGCGAUGAUGACAGUCCCUGCAUUCCAAGCACAUUGGAGAAUGUCAUCUCCGAUCUAGGGGGCGGCGUGACCACCAAGAAGCCUGGGGAGCGCCCCACGCCGGAUCCAAUGAGCCGUAAUUCGAAUAAUAGCGUGCUGGAAGAAGUGGAUGUGGACAAUUUGAUAGGCCAGCGUCAUCAAGGCAGCACAUUCGGUGCCCAGGACUUCGCUGUCAAUAGCAACGAAGAUGGAAAGAUGAUUCCAGGCAAGGACAUCAGUGAUACCAUGGUUGAUGACAGUCUCAGCAUAAUAAGCAUAUUGGAAGUUGUCAUCUCCGAUCGAGAGGGCGACGUGACCACCAAGAAGCCUGGGGAGCGCCCCACGCCGGAUCCAAUGAGCCGUAAUUUCAAUAAUAGUGUGCUGGAGGAAGUGGAUGUGGACAAUUUGCUAGGCCAGCGUCAUCAAGGCAGCACAUUCGGUGCCCAGGACUUCGCUGUCAAUAGCAACGAAGAUGGAAAGAUGAUUCCAGGCUCGGACAGCAUUGAUACCAAGAAUGAUGACAGUCCCUGCAUUCCAAGCAUAUUGGAAGUUGUCAUCUCCGAUCGAGAGGGCGGCGUGACCACCAAGAAGCCUGGGGAGCGCCCCACGCCGGAUCCAAUGAGCCGUAAUUCGAAUAAUAGCGUGCUGGAAGAAGUGGAUGUGGACAAUUUGCUAGGCCAGCGUCAUCAAGGCAGCACAUUCGGUGCCCAGGACUUCGCUGUCGAUAGCAACGAAGAUGAAAUGAUGAUUCCAGACUGGGACAGCUGUUAUACCAGCGAUGAUGACAGUCCCUGCAUUCCAAGCACAUUGGAGAAUGUCAUCUCCGAUCUAGGGGGCGGCGUGACCACCAAGAAGGCUGAGGAGCGCCCCACGCCGGAUCCAAUGAGCCGUAUUUCCAAUAAUAGUGUGCUGGAGGAAGUGGAUGUGGACAAUUUGCUAGGCCAGCGUCAUCAAGGCAGCACAUUCGGUGCCCAGGACUUCGCUGUCAAUAGCAACGAAGACGGAAAGAUGAUUCCAGGCAAGGACAUCAGUGAUACCAGCGAGGAUUAUAUAUCUUUCGAAGAUGAAAUAAUGAGUCCAGGCUCUGACAGCAGUGAUACCAGCGAUGAUGACAGUCCCUGCAUUCCAAGCACAUUGGAGAAUGUCAUCUCCGAUCGAGAGGGCGGCGUGACCACCAAGAAGCCUGGGGAGCGCCCCACGCCGGAUCCAAUGAGCCGUAAUUCCAAUAAUAGUGUGCUGGAGGAAGUGGAUGUGGACAAUUUGCUAGGCCAGCGUCAUCAAGGCAGCACAUUCGGUGACCAGGACUUCGCUGUCAAUAGCAACGAAGACGGAAAGAUGAUUCCAGGCAAGGACAUCAGUGAUACCAGCGAGGAUUAUAAAUCUUUCGAAGAUGAAAUAAUGAGUCCAGGCUCGGACAGCAGUGAUACCAGCAAUGAUGACAGUCCCUGCAUUCCAAGCACAUUGGAGAAUGUCAUCUCCGAUCGAGAGGGCGGCGUGACCACCAAGAAGCCUGGGGAGCGCCCCACGCCGGAUCCAAUGAGCCGUAAUUCCAAUAAUAGUGUGCUGGAGGAAGUGGAUGUGGACAAUUUGCUAGGCCAGCGUCAUCAAGGCAGCACAUUCGGUGACCAGGACUUCGCUGUCAAUAGCAACGAAGACGGAAAGAUGAUUCCAGGCAAGGACAUCAGUAAUACCAUGGUUGAUGACAGUCUCAGCAUAAUAAGCAUAUUGGAAGUUGUCAUCUCCGAUCGAGAGGGCGACGGGACCACCAAGAAGCCUGGGGAGCGCCCCACGCCGGAUCCAAUGAGCCGUAACUUCAAAAAUAGUGUGCUGGAGGAAGUGGAUGUGGACAAUUUGCUAGGCCAGCGUCAUCAAGGCAGCACAUUCGGUGCCCAGGACUUCGCUGUCAAUAGCAACGAAGAUGGAAAGAUGAUUCCAGGCUCGGACAGCAGUGAUAGCAUGGAUGAUGACAGUCUCAGCAUAAUAAGCAUAUUGGAAGUUGACAUCUCCGAUCGAGAGGGCGACUUGACCACCAAGAAGCCUGGGGAGCGCCCCACGCCGGAUCCAAUGAGCCGUAAUUCGAAUAAUAGCAUGCUGGAAGAAGUGGAUGUGGACAAUUUGCUAGGCCAGCGUCAUCAAGGCAGCACAUUCGGUGACCAGGACUUCGCUGUCAAUAGCAACGAAGACGGAAAGAUGAUUCCAGGCAAGGACAUCAGUAAUACCAUGGUUGAUGACAGUCUCAGCAUAAUAAGCAUAUUGGAAGUUGACAUCUCCGAUCGAGAGGACGACGUGACCACCAAGAAGCCUGGGGAGCGCCCCACGCCGGAUCCAAUGAGCCGUAAUUCCAAUAAUGGUGUGCUGGAGGAAGUGGAUGUGGACAAUUUGCUAGGCCAGCGUCAUCAAGGCAGCACAUUCGGUGCCCAGGACUUCGCUGUCAAUAGCAACGAAGAUGGAAAGAUGAUUCCAGGCUCGGACAGCAGUGAUAGCAUGGAUGAUGACAGUCUCAGCAUAAUAAGCAUAUUGGAAGUUGUCAUCUCCGAUCGAGAGGGCGACGGGACCACCAAGAAGCCUGGGGAGCGCCCCACGCCGGAUCCAAUGAGCCGUAAUUCGAAUAAUAGCGUGCUGGAAGAAGUGGAUGUGGACAAUUUGAUAGGCCAGCGUCAUCAAGGCAGCACAUUCGGUGCCCAGGACUUCGCUGUCAAUAGCAACGAAGAUGGAAAGAUGAUUCCAGGCAAGGACAUCAGUAAUACCAUGGUUGAUGACAGUCUCAGCAUAAUAAGCAUAUUGGAAGUUGACAUCUCCGAUCGAGGGGGCGACGGGACCACCAAGAAGCCUGGGGAGCGCCCCACGCCGGAUCCAAUGAGCCGUAAUUUCAAUAAUAGUGUGCUGGAGGAAGUGGAUGUGGACAAUUUGCUAGGCCAGCGUCAUCAAGGCAGCACAUUCGGUGCCCAGGACUUCGCUGUCGAUAGCAACGAAGAUGAAAUGAUGAUUCCAGACUGGGACAGCUGUUAUACCAGCGAUGAUGACAGUCCCUGCAUUCCAAGCACAUUGGAGAAUGUCAUCUCCGAUCUAGGGGGCGGCGUGACCACCAAGAAGCCUGGGGAGCGCCCCACGCCGGAUCCAAUGAGCCGUAAUUCCAAUAAUAGUGUGCUGGAGGAAGUGGAUGUGGACAAAUUGCUAGGCCAGCGUCAUCAAGGCAGCACAUUCGGUGCCCAGGACUUCGCUGUCGAUAGCAACGAAGAUGAAAUGAUGAUUCCAGACUGGGACAGCUGUUAUACCAGCGAUGAUGACAGUCCCUGCAUUCCAAGCACAUUGGAGAAUGUCAUCUCCGAUCUAGGGGGCGGCGUGACCACCAAGAAGCCUGGGGAGCGCCCCACGCCGGAUCCAAUGAGCCGUAAUUCGAAUAAUAGCGUGCUGGAAGAAGUGGAUGUGGACAAUUUGCUAGGCCAGCGUCAUCAAGGCAGCACAUUCGGUGCCCAGGACUUUGCUGUCAAUAGCAACGAAGAUGGAUUAAUGAUUCUAGGCUUUAAAAGCAUUGAUACCAGCAAAAAAGAGAUAAUGAUUCCAAGGAAGAUCUCUUCCUUAAAACGUAAACAUACCGAGGAUGUCGGUCCCUCUGAGAGAAAAGUGAUGAAGGAGCUGGACAUGGUAGAGGAGAUGGAAAGAAAGAAAAUGGAAAAGAAUAAGGAGAACAUUGAAGAAUGGUGGAAGGUAUCAAAGAAGCUCCCUGAGAAAAAUAAGAAAGAUAAGAUAAAGCAAAACUUGCAAAACCAGAAGAUGGCCACGGCGAAAAUGCAGGAGAAGAGGCCGGAGACUGAACUGGAAAAGAAAAUUGGGAAGAGGUUAACGAUAGCUAAGGAAAAAUUGAAGGCUCUAAAGAAGGCCAAGGAGAAAAUGGUAAAACAGGCGUUGAAAAAGCUGAAGAAUAUAAAAUUGAAACUGGCCCAUCAGAUGUUAGAACUUGAGAAAUUGGAAAGAGAGAAGAAAUUUUUAUCCAUUAAAGAGAAUAUGGCCAUGCCAAAUGAAAAGAGGAGACGUUCUGCCCCAAGAAGAUGGGGACGGAAAUGAACAUAUGUAUAAUGAGAUGUUUUAACGAAGGAAGCCGGAGGAAGGAAGCCGCAGAAAGAAGGUCAAGACCCACAAGACACAUUGACACACAAGACACAUUUCUGGGUACACUAGGAUUGGGUCAUCUCCACAUUGUGCCAUUUAAAAUAAAAUAUUGUAAAUAUACUUGAGAUUGUCGUACACUCUCUUGUAGCCAAAAUCUUUAGUAUGUCACAUGUAUCAGCUAAAAAUAUAUAUAAUUUUGGAGUAUA